AUGACAUACCAAUCAGACGAUUUUACAUACUCUGGUGUCGUACCCUUUCCCUAUGCAUCUGGCAAUGACGUUUUUGCAAUUGUUAACCUUCAAUUCCCUUUAUCUUCACAUGGUCAGACACAGUGUGUCAUUCCUAUUUGGAUUCAAUUGAAUUUGCCUGAUUAUCGACUAACUAGUUCAGAAGUGCAAAAUCAUCAUGAGAAAAUCGCUGAGCUUCAAAGAGGAAAGCUUCGUCUAUUUGACUGCGUUCUCUACGCACAGAGGCUUUCAAUGUUUUUGCAACGUCAAGACAAUGCUAGAAGGGAGUUGGGAGCCUUACUGCGCCUCUUGACGCCUCAACAUACACUUGCAAUUGCGAUUGUGGACGAUGUGGAGGGGAGGGAGAGAAGCGGCAUGAAUCUCUACGUGGAGUACGCAAAGAAACUCGGCUUCGGCACCGAGGCGCCUCUGACUACUGCACCAAUGAAUUGGCGAAUUUGGCAUGUAAUAAAUGGUGAUGACUAUCAUACAGGCAGCAGAGACAUAUUCGAGUGGCUGUGCCAGGAUGUGAUUUGGAGGAGAAUGCAAGAAUCUGUUGUCUGA